AUGAAUUCGACCCUUCUGCUGUGCAUUUUUUUGUGCGCUUGCAUCAAUGGCCGCUUGGCAGAUUUUGAUAAUCUUCAGGAUACUUGUCCAACGGCUACUACAGGCGAGCAAACUGUCUUCAUCAAUGGCUUCCCUUGCAAGAAUCCAAACAGCAUCGUUGCUUCAGAUUUCAAGUCAUCAAAACUAAGCAUUCCUGGUGACACGGACAAUUUCCUUCGCUCCUCGCUCACCCUUGACACUGCUGAGGAUUUCCCAGGUCUAAAUACUCUCGGCCUCUCAAUUGCUAGGACUGACCUUGAAGUUGAUGGUUUGAUGAUGCCUCAUUCUCACCCAAGAGCAUCCGAGAUGUUCUUCGUUAGCACAGGUGUUGUGAUUGCCGGUUUUAUCGACACCCAAAACAAACCAUUCCAAAAAACUCUCAUGCCAGGAGAAGUUUUUGUGUUUCCCCAAGGUCUGCUCCACUAUUGUAUGAACGAUGGCUUCGAGGCUGCUGUUGUUUUCUCAGUGUUUAAUAGCCAGAAACCAGGUGUGGUAAAGAUUGCUGAUGCAAUGUUUGAGUCUCAUGAGGAUAUGAUGAAUAAGCUAGUAAGGAAAAUAAAAUCUGUUGCUGCCAUGGAGGUCAAUGGCAUUCAAAAUGUGACUCAGCCUGGGUUUUAA